UCAUCGGCAGGUAUUUUUUUUAUCGUGUGACAAAAACACACGGAGGGAGCCGAGAAAAUGGACGAUCUCUCCCUCCUAGCACCUGAAGGAUCCUUCCCCAGGGGUCAGCCGAGGUGAAGACGUCUGCCACAUGGCGUGUUUGUGUUCGGCACGGGGCAGACGGAGGGGCGCCCUGCCAGGUCUGCCCGACGCCCCGCCCCUAUCAACGGACCAGCUGAUCGCCAAGUGGCAGGCCGAGAACAGCACAGAACGGGACGAGGGUUACCAUAGCUACCACGGCCCUACGUCAUCAACGGGUCGCCAGGGGCUACCAGCAGACGGCGAGAAGCCUGCAGUUACCAAGAACUCCGCCAGGUGGCGUUGCGAGAAUGAGCGCGGGAAGCAUAAGAAGAAACUUGCUGUGGGUGAAAAACUACGGCAACCCCGUUGGGACAGGCAUUUACGACAACCUGGUAGGGACCCGCAUGUAGGCCAAUCCGGUUGGGACCAUCCUCAUUUACGGCCACUCGGUUGGGACAAGCAUGUACGGCAAUCCAGUUGGGACAGUCAUGUGGUACAGCAACACGGUUUGGACCUGCAUGUACGGCAACCCGUUUGGAACUCUCAUGCAGAGCAACCCAGUUGGGACAGUCACGUGGUACGGCAACUCGGUUGGGACAGCGACUCCGACUUUGACCAGGACUCCCCGGAACUGGACGAGCCGCCCUUCACGGUUUUCGACCGAGACGCAGAGCUGCUGAUCCGCAACGCCACCAAGCGGCGUCCCGCGAAUGUGCAGGCGGUGGUGAUCAACACCUUCGUGUCCGGCGGUCCCGGUCAGCUGACUGUGGCGCGAGGCGACGUGGUGCGGGUCCUGUACAGGACAGAGGACUGGGUGCGGGUCGCCAACGUCUGGCGUGACCGAGGCUUCAUCCCGUAUAGCUACGUCUGGCCGCUCGGUCGCAGAUUCCCGAGGAAACCGGAGCGGCAACGGUCGCACACCUCACCGCCUCACGCUAUCGACCCCGGCGGGCACGGGUGGACAUGCCACCAAGGAGAACCGGAGCAGGAUCCGGUGGCUGUUGCGUCGGAUUCUCCCGAUCGUUCGGACGGCUCUCUGUCGGACGACGCGGGAGACGGCUUCUUUGCGCGGCUCCUGCACGGCCCGGCUCUGACGGUGCUGUUCGACUUUCGCGCCAUUGACGAGGAUGACGUCACAGUCAGACGUGGGGAGACCGUGAUGUUGUUGAACGAGGAGGACGCUGAUUGGGUGUGGGUGCGGAACAGGGCGGGGCGAGAGGGGUUCAUGCCCAGGAGAUACGCCGUGCAGACAUGCGAAGCCUGCAGGGUCGUCUUAAGGAAAAACUUGAAACUGAAACUGCACGGCCAUCCAUGGGAACGAGAGGCGACCGGAGGACAUUGGGAACGAUUCCACACUGACACUCCCGACGAAAACCCACAACUGCCAAGUACUUCCUGUCGACAGUUAGCUGAUGACUUCUUUCCUACCCAAGACUGUAAGUCUGUUUUUGAAGAGAAGAAUACAAUGAGUUUUGCACAGAAAGUUGCUUCAGACCCGACAACAUGGCAGGAGGGAAAUAGAGAAGACUCUGAGCAGAGGCCACAAGGAUGGUGGAAAGUACCUCACAAACAACAAAGAACAGCAUUCACCACAGACGGUAUGGCUGAGCGAUCUGCAUGCACGUGUGCAGCAAGGGUGGACAAGGAGGGGACACGACGGCAAAAAGAACGGAAGGAAGACAAAGAAGAGUGGCCACAAGGAUGCCAAACAUCUUCUGAGGAACUCAAAGACUUCAGGGGCAAUUCUCAAGGAGUUAUAAAAGACUGCCAUAGGAGAAAAAUGAUAUUGAGCGAAAACAGGAAAUGUUUUGGGUUGGGAAAUAUGGAACAUGUACCAGGGCUGCCGAUAAGAAACCAUACAGGAGCAGCUCAGAAGCAGAAAGGGGUGUGUUUUUUAGAGCAAGAAUCUGCAAAAACCUCCUCAAAGGAACAAGCAGAAGGAACAAACUACAAGAAGUCACCUUGGUGGAAUCUGGAGACGUCUCAAGACUGUAGCAUGAUACUCAGGGACAAACUUGCAAGGGGCCAAAACUGGGAACGAGAGCAGGGCCAAAGCUGGGAACGAGAGCAGGGCCAAACCUGGGAACAAGGCCAAACCUGGGAACAAGGCCAAACCUGGGAACAAGAACAGGGCGAAACCUGGGAACAAGAACAGGGCCAAAGCUGGGAAGAAAAACAGGACCAAAGCUGGGAACGAGAACAAGGCCAAACCUGGGAACGAGAACAGGGCCAAACCUGGGAACGAGAACAGGGCCAAGCCUGGGAACAAGAGCAGGGCCAAACCUGGGAACAAGAGCAAAGCCAAACCUGGGAACAAGAAAAGGGCCAAAGCUGGGAACAAGAGCAAAGCCAAACCUGGGAACAAGAAAAGGGCCAAAGCUGGGAAAGAGAACAGGGCCAAAGCUGGGAACGAGAACAGGGCCAAACCUGGGAACAAGAGCAGGGCCAAACCUGGGAAAGAGAACAGAGCCAGACCUGGGAACAAGAAAGGCGCCAAGCCUGGGAAGAAGCAGGGGCUACCUCAAGAGAAAGACGUAAACUUUUGAAUGAAGACCGAGACAGCAAAGUGACGAGACAGAACUAUCGUACACAACUCAGGAAACAAGCGAUGGAUAACAUGAGGAAACAGAGAAACAGUGGAUGGGACGUGCCAACAGGACACUCUGCUAUGGGGAGGGGAGGGGUUUAUAUCAGCAAACUAGAGACCGCUCUGUGAGACAGAAGUGUGUUGAUUACUUUGUCACAGUUGCCAUUGUACUGUGUACAACUGUCGAACUAUAAAGUUCAUUCAUUCUUUUGAUGAAGAAUUUAACAUGGAAUUUGACUUGCACAUGGUCCAAAGUUCCAAAGCUCAUAAACCAAGAAAAAAAUAAAGCAAUGUAAAACAUGUCAGUGCUAAACCUCUACAGUUUCAUCCAUUCCUUCAUCCAAAAAAAGUACAGAUCUCACCCCCAUUUAUACAAUGUAUUCUUCCAACACAUCACAGUAAGAUGGUUACUGGCAUCUCCCAUUACGAACAGUAGGGGUGGUCACAACACAUUAGAAUCAAGUUUUGCUCAUUACAUGCAGUCAUCACAGCAGAAAAGAAUGUAGUGAACACUAAAAGACCGUUCGUUUGUGUGGUACACCAGUUUAAUUCCUUGGUUUUCAAAUUAUGAACAAGAAAAAGAAGCAAGAAGAUUAUACAUUGUAUCUCGCCUAUACUGCAGAUUAUGAUGAGAAAAUGAAAAUGUUACACAGAUUUUUAAAUUUAAUUUUAUGCAUGACACCCAUCUGUAUAUACACCGAUAUUUCUAUUUUCAAAGAUGAGAAAAAUUUAAUAUUUUCACAAAAUGGAAUCAGUACUGGACAAUACUUGCAACAAUUUUUCUGGAUCAGAAUUGUGGUCAUCCAUAAAGUCAAGGUGAUGUGUCGUUAGCACACACAGGCAUCGAUCAUGAGAACAAACAGCUCUCAUCUCACAUCAUACUUGUUGACAUAACUUAAUCUGGUCAAUCUACUU